AUGUCUUCCCUCCCCAAGCUCUCUACCGUCGUGAGCUGGCUCCUAUACCUCGUCCCUAUCUACCUCUUCAUCUUCGAGCCGAUCAUGCGCCAGGUCUUUCCCGACUCGGUCUCGAUUUAUUCCAACGACGGCGAUGACUUCCUUCCAAACGAUGCCCCCUCCGGACUCAACCUCGACGACGACCGCUUCAUAUGUCUGGAGGACGGCGUGCCCUUCACCUGUCCCGAUGCCGCCGAUGGGUACCGCGUGCAUCUGCUGUCACGCGAGCCGCUGGUGAUGUACAUUGAGAACUUCCUGUCGGACGCCGAAGCAGACCAUCUGGUGAAUGUCAGGUAUGAUCUCCUCGCCCUUCCCUCCAUCUACACGAAUGACUCUAAUGUGUCCCCCAAUCGCAGUGCUGACAAGUACGCGCCCUCGAUCGUCACUGACGGCAAAGACGAGCGCGUCGACUCCUCCAUCCGCCUCUCCGACCGCGCCCUCCUCGACCGCGACGACACCGUCCGCUGCCUCGAAGACCGAGCGCGGGCCUUCCAGGGAUGGCGCCCACAUCUCUACAUCGAACGCAUGUGGGCACAGCGCUACAACGCGUCGGGCCACUACCGGCACCACUACGAUUGGAGCGGCUCGUGGGCCCGUGGCGGCGACCGCGUCAGUACGUUUAUGGUGUACCUCGGCGCAGACUGCACAGGCGGCGGCACGAACUUCCCGCGCAUGUCGAUGCCGCGCGGGCAACAGUGGUGUCGGUUCUUGGAGUGUGCGGACGAUGAUUCGGAGGAGAAAAAGCAGGGGAUCACCUUCAAGCCCAUCAAGGGGAAUGCUAUCUUCUGGGAGAAUCUGCGUCCGGAUGGGUCGGGUUACCCGGAGACCUGGCACGCUGCGUACCCCGUGACAUCGGGGACGAAGGUCGGUUUGAAUAUCUGGAGUUGGUAUCAGCCGCCGAAGAGGGGGAGGAAGGGGUGA